UUCUUUUUUUUUUCUUUUUUGCCCCGGGGCUCAAUGGAUGGAUUGUGGAAAACUGCACCGGGUUGCAGGUUGUUGAGCAACUGAUGGGACCAUCUCAGGGACCGGCGGUUACGAAAGAUGCCGAUUUGAAGAACUGCCCUGAAAACUGAAAUGUUUAAUUCAGUAAGUCAGAAGACAAAACCAUGGAUUUUUAGCAAUCAAAGAACAAAUUAAGGUUUCUGACUUGGAAUAUCAGUGUUUAUUUUUGAGGAAUUUUUCUUUCUCUUGUGUUUGUUUUUAAUUAUUGAUAUUGGAAUACAGAAGAGGAACCAGAAACAUACUCAUUUGGUUUCCCUUCAGAGCACUCAUUCUUGAGGCAUUGUCGCCUGAGAACACAGCCAUGUGGCCACCACAGCUGCUCAUCCUCAUGAUGCUUUUAGCACCUGUAGUUCAUGGUGGCAAGCACAAUGAGAGACAUCCAGCCCUUGCUGCUCCACUGCGACAUGCUGAGCGCAGCCCAGGAGGCGCUCUACCUCCCAGACAUCUUCUUCAGCAGCCAGCUGCAGAGCGCGCCACUGCUCAUCGAGGACAAGGCUCACGUGGAGCUGCCAGAGGAGUUCGUGGACCCGGUGCCCCAGGAGCACAGAUUGCAGCCCAAGCUUUCAGCCGUGCCCCAAUUCCCAUGGCAGUGGUCCGCAGAGAGCUCUCCUGUGAGAGCUACCCCAUUGAGCUCCGCUGUCCUGGCACAGACGUCAUCAUGAUCGAGAGUGCCAACUACGGGAGGACAGAUGACAAGAUCUGUGACUCUGACCCUGCUCAGAUGGAGAAUAUCCGAUGUUAUCUGCCAGAUGCCUAUAAGAUUAUGUCUCAAAGAUGCAAUAACAGAACCCAGUGUGCUGUGGUGGCAGGUCCUGAUGUUUUUCCAGACCCAUGUCCAGGAACUUAUAAAUACCUUGAAGUGCAGUAUGAAUGUGUCCCUUAUAAAGUGGAACAAAAAGUUUUUCUUUGUCCUGGACUGCUAAAAGGAGUGUACCAGAGUGAACACUUGUUCGAAUCUGACCACCAAUCUGGGGCAUGGUGCAAAGACCCUCUACAGGCUUCCGACAAGAUUUAUUAUAUGCCCUGGACCCCAUACCGAACUGAUACACUGACAGAGUAUUCAUCCAAAGAUGACUUCAUUGCUGGAAGGCCAACAACUACCUACAAGCUCCCUCACAGAGUGGACGGCACUGGAUUUGUAGUAUAUGAUGGUGCCCUGUUCUUCAACAAGGAGCGUACCAGGAACAUAGUAAAGUUUGACUUACGGACUAGGAUAAAGAGUGGAGAGGCAAUCAUAGCAAAUGCCAAUUACCAUGACACAUCCCCAUACCGAUGGGGUGGCAAAUCUGAUAUAGACUUGGCAGUGGAUGAAAAUGGAUUAUGGGUAAUCUAUGCAACAGAACAAAACAAUGGCAAAAUUGUCAUUAGCCAGUUGAACCCUUAUACCCUACGGAUUGAGGGGACAUGGGACACGGCAUAUGACAAAAGGUCAGCUUCCAAUGCGUUUAUGAUUUGUGGGAUUCUGUAUGUGGUCAAAUCUGUAUAUGAGGACGAUGACAAUGAGGCCACCGGUAAUAAGAUUGACUACCUUUACAACACCGACCUAAGCAAGGAUAGCCUGGUGGAUGUGCCCUUUCCCAAUUCCUACCAGUACAUAGCAGCUGUGGAUUACAACCCCAGGGACAAUCUGCUUUAUGUGUGGAAUAACUACCAUGUUGUGAAAUACUCUUUGGACUUUGGACCUCUGGAUAGUAGAUCAGGGCCAGUGCAUCAUGGACAGGUUUCCUACAUCUCUCCACCGAUUCACCUUGACUCUGACCUAGAAAGACCCCCGGUUCGAGGAAUUUCUACCACAGGCCCCCUGGGCAUGGGAAGCACAACCACCAGCACCACUCUCCGGACCACUACCUGGAACAUAGGGAGGAGUACCACGCCAUCCCUACCAGGCAGAAGAAACCGCAGUACCAGCACACCGUCCCCAGCUGUGGAGGUGCUGGAUGACAUUACCACACACCUGCUGCCAUCUGCAGCCUCCCAAAUUCCAGCUAUGGAAGAGAGCUGUGAAGCUGUGGAGGCCCGGGAAAUAAUGUGGUUUAAGACCCGUCAGGGGCAAGUAGCAAAGCAGCCCUGCCCAGCAGGAACCAUCGGUGUGUCGACUUAUCUAUGCCUUGCUCCUGAUGGAAUAUGGGAUCCCCAAGGACCAGAUCUCAGCAACUGCUCUUCUCCUUGGGUCAAUCAUAUCACACAGAAGCUAAAGUCUGGAGAAACAGCUGCCAAUAUCGCUAGAGAGCUGGCGGAACAGACCAGAAAUCACUUGAAUGCUGGGGAUAUCACCUACUCAGUCCGUGCCAUGGACCAGCUGGUUGGUCUCCUGGAUGUCCAGCUCAGGAAUUUGACUCCAGGUGGGAAAGACAGUGCUGCCCGCAGCUUGAACAAGCUUCAGAAAAGAGAGCGCUCUUGCAGAGCCUAUGUCCAGGCCAUGGUCGAGACGGUUAACAACCUCCUUCAGCCGCAAGCUUUGAAUGCGUGGAGAGACCUGACUACAAGCGACCAGCUACGUGCAGCCACCAUGUUGCUUGACACUGUGGAGGAGAGCGCUUUCGUGUUAGCCGAUAACCUUUUGAAGACUGACAUUGUCAGGGAAAAUACAGACAAUAUUCAAUUAGAAGUUGCAAGGCUGAGCACAGAAGGAAACCUAGAAGAUCUAAAAUUUCCAGAAAACGUGGGCCAUGGAAGUACUAUCCAGCUUUCAGCAAACACUUUAAAGCAAAAUGGCCGGAAUGGAGAGAUUAGAGUAGCCUUUGUCCUGUACAACAACCUGGGUCCUUAUUUGUCUACGGAGAAUGCCAGUAUGAAGCUGGGCACAGAAGCCAUGUCCACAAAUCAUUCUGUUAUCGUCAAUUCUCCUGUUAUUACAGCAGCAAUAAAUAAGGAGUUCAGUAAUAAAGUUUAUUUGGCUGAUCCCGUGGUAUUUACUGUUAAACAUAUCAAGCAGUCAGAGGAAAAUUUCAACCCUAACUGUUCAUUUUGGAGCUAUUCCAAACGCACAAUGACAGGUUAUUGGUCAACACAAGGCUGUCGACUCCUGACAACAAACAAGACACAUACUACAUGCUCCUGUAACCACCUCACGAAUUUUGCAGUAUUGAUGGCACAUGUGGAAGUUAAGCACAGUGAUGCAGUCCACGACCUCCUUCUGGAUGUGAUCACGUGGGUCGGAAUCUUGCUGUCCCUUGUUUGUCUCCUGAUAUGCAUCUUCACAUUCUGCUUCUUCCGUGGGCUCCAGAGUGACCGUAACACCAUCCACAAGAACCUCUGCAUCAGCCUGUUUGUGGCAGAAGUGCUCUUCCUGACUGGAAUCAACAGAACAGACCAACCCAUCGCCUGUGCGGUGUUUGCAGCGCUUUUGCAUUUCUUCUUCCUGGCGGCCUUCACCUGGAUGUUUCUGGAAGGGGUGCAGCUGUAUAUCAUGCUGGUGGAGGUUUUUGAGAGCGAGCAUUCACGGAGGAAGUACUUUUAUCUGGUGGGCUAUGGCAUGCCUGCACUCAUCGUGGCCGUGUCUGCAGCAGUGGACUACAGGAGCUACGGAACAGACAAAGUAUGCUGGCUUCGACUUGACACCUACUUCAUUUGGAGUUUUAUAGGACCCGCGACCCUGAUAAUUAUGCUGAAUGUAAUCUUCCUUGGGAUUGCUUUAUACAAAAUGUUUCAUCAUACUGCCAUACUGAAACCUGAAUCAGGCUGUCUUGAUAAUAUCAACUAUGAGGAUAACAGACCCUUCAUCAAGUCAUGGGUUAUAGGUGCAAUAGCUCUUCUCUGCCUGUUAGGAUUGACCUGGGCCUUUGGACUCAUGUAUAUUAAUGAAAGCACAGUCAUCAUGGCGUAUCUCUUCACCAUUUUCAAUUCUCUACAGGGAAUGUUUAUAUUCAUUUUCCACUGUGUCCUACAGAAGAAGGUACGGAAAGAGUAUGGGAAAUGCUUGCGCACGCAUUGCUGUAGUGGGAAAAGCACGGAGAGUUCGAUUGGCUCAGGGAAAACAUCUGGUUCUCGAACUCCAGGACGGUACUCCACAGGCUCCCAGAGCCGAAUUCGGAGAAUGUGGAAUGACACUGUCCGGAAGCAGUCAGAGUCAUCCUUCAUUACUGGAGACAUAAACAGCUCUGCAUCACUCAACAGAGGGAUGCCUUCCAGAAGCCCUCCUACCGUGCACUGUGCAGACCCUUCCAGCACCAGAACACAGAACCUAUGGACCUGAGGCUGACCCACCACCCACAUUAUCCUAUGGUACCUGGCAGCAAAAAUAUGCCUAUGUGAUGAAGAAAUCAUGAUCUAAAUAUUUGAAUGUAGAAACAUGUACACUGAAAAAUUUCCAAUUAAAGUUCAUAGUUGUAACCAGAGGUUUCAGUUCUUCUUUUAAUUACUGAUUUUUAAAUAAUUUUUACAAGUUCUCUGAGAAUUUUGUACAGUGUAUUUUGAUCAUAUUCAUCACUGACCCAACACCUCCCAAAACCACUCUCCUUUCCUACCCAUCCAAUUUUCAAAACAACUCUCCUUUCCUACCCAUCCAAUUUUGCGCUCUCUCUCUCUCUCUCUCUCUCUCUCUCUCUCUCUCUCUCUCUCUCCCCAUCAAGUCCAAUUUGUGCUGCCCAUAUACUCUUGGAUAUGUGGUCUUCUUGGGGCUUGCUGGAUUUACUGGUGGUGACUCUCUUAAGAAAAAGCUAACCCUCUGAUCCCAGUAGCUUUCAAGUGCCAAUAACUCCUCAGCUAGGGGUGGGACUUGAUGUCCACACGCCCCAGACUUCGAUUGGAUUGAAUUCUUCUUCAUGCUUAAUGAGAACACAGCUCUCUCUGGUCAUUUACAUACUCAAUAACUCACAGACACAAAUAUAAAUAUUAAAAGUGUCUUACUCAAGAGGAUCAGAACUUCUAUGUGUUGCCUACUAUAAACCCAUAAAUAUUAUUGAAAUAAUCAUAGGAGUAUGUUUGAGUCUCCUGUUUCAUGUAUUUUGAAAUGUGGGGAUACAUUUCAGCAUAUCUGAUGUCUGUUUUCCUCUUACUCUCCGCUUAUACUGAAUAUACAUGUGUAUAUAUGUAUAUAUAUAUAUAUAUAUAUAUAUAUAUUUGUAAUAUAAUUUCAAACACUAAAAUUGAUCAAUGUAACAUAAGGCACAGUUCACAAUGAAUGUGGCAUCAGUAAGAAUCUAAGUAAUAAGCUCAUCAUUCUUGACUAUUUUCCCUGCGAAGGAAAAUUUUGGUGUUCUCAAAUUUAGCAGCACAUUUAUGAAAUAUUUUAAUGCUUCCCAACUUAGAUGGAAAAUGUUUAUAAAAAAACUACAUGACAUUACUAUUGACAAAUCACAGAGCUGACACUUUUCUGAUUUACCAAUAAUGAAAGCCAAUUUCAAUCAUGUUGAAAAAUUGAAUUAUAUUCCUAUCUAUUUGUCAAAAAUCACCACAGUUGUUAUAUAGAAAACAUUAAGAAAUUUACAGGGAGAAAUAUUUAGAGAAAUAGUGUUUUAGAUGUUAUGGUCAAAAGGCAAAUUUAAAACCUGUUUAUCUUUUGUGCUUAGGUUAAUUUUCAGCUUUUUAGAACUUCUCAUUUAUUGUGAUUUUUGUUUUUACUAUAAAUAAAUAUUGAGUAUUUCACCUAAUUUGUUACUGAUUUUUUUUUUAGUAUAUCCUUUUCCUUAAAAAAUAACCCCCAAAGAAAUAAAUUCUGGUUCUCUUACAAACCCUGGAUUUUUGUCUAGUUCUUCCUGUUGGAAGGAUUACUCAUCAUAAUUUUGCUACUAAAUGUGCAUAAAAUGGGCUUUGCUGUGGAAAUGUUUUUCACUUCUAGGUUUCCAAAGUUUUACUACUCAUAUAACUGUUUUGUUCUGUGAAGAUUCUUUUUGUAACAUUUGACCAUUUAAAACAUGUUUUAAACACUUUUAUUAAUCUACGGAAAAAUUAAAAAUAACAUGGUAGUACUUAGUUGACUAUGUGUGUUACAAAUAUCUUCAAAUAUCCAAAUAUUUCAAAAUAUUAAAAUAUACAACAUUACAAACAUUUUAUCACAUUUUUCACUUCAUUUCUUUUCAUGGUAGUUAGUUAUACACCAAAUAAUGGAUUUCAUGAUAGCGUUUUUGUGCACUUUUUACGCGAGACAAGACAGACAGUACCUGUCUUUCCUGCCACUGCUGUCUCCCUUCUGCCCCUUCAGACCCUUCUUCCCUGCUCUUAGUUCCCCUUCUAGUUUCAUGUAUUGCACAUAACUGUGUCUGUGUUUUGACUCGGGUUCUGUAGCCUUUGUCACUGAUCUUUGUCUUUCACUUUGCAGCAGAGACUACUUGUACAGAGUGUGAAAAAAAAUUCAGUUUUAUCUCUUUUUUUUUCAUAAAGAAUGACAUUUUAAACAUUUUUCUUUCCUUAUGAGAAAUAUUAUGAGAAAUAGCUACCUCUGUCAUAUGUCCACACGUAGGAAUAUGCUUUUGGAUUUUCUGUUUUAAGUAUCACUUUGCUCACCUUUAAAAUGGCUGUUUAUUAAAGUCCUGUACUGUCUUACUUAUUAUGGCUUUAUAAUUAUUCUAUAUAGUUGGUUGAGCAAUUCCUUUUUGCUUUCUUUCUAUUACUGUUUACUUUUGCAUAAAGAAUUUUAAAAUAUCUUGUCAUGAAUCAUGAAAAAACCUAUUUUACAGGUGAAAUUAUAAUGGAUGUGACUAUAAUCAGGAAAUAUUCUACUUUCAAAUACAUUCUUUGUAGCCACGAGCAUGGACCAUAAUUAUGAAUACUCAUGUAAAGAUCAGUCCAUAGUUAUUAUUUUUUCAACUCAAUUUCACAUUAUAUAUUUGCUCUUGGAAUUUAAUUGGAAAUUAAUCCAAACAGCAUAAUUGUUUAUGAUAAAGACUUAUUAGUGCACUUGAAGUUUGUAUUAUAGUUAUGGUGAUUACUUAUGGGAUAUGAUGUCUAAUAUUUUCUUGAUAUUAAAAUUUCUGCCAUAGCUUUACAACACCCAUGUUACUGAAAAGAUCUGUUUAAUAUAAUGUGUGGAUUCUGUUCAAGAAUUAAGGUAGAUGGACUUAUUACCUACUUAAUUAGAGACUUCAUUAUUGGAUGUUUACAGGAAGUGUACUUGGCUAAAGUCCAAAAGCUGGAGAUGUUUUCAUGGCAUAGCUUAUUUGUAAAUAUUGUACUUAAUCAGGAUAAAGUUUGAAGUAGUUAAAAAUAAAAGGUUACCUUGAAUAAUAA